AACUUGGUCCUACGGCAUCUUUUACAUACUAUCACAGCCAAAGAAUGUUUCUAACGUUAGUAAAGCUACCCCGUGUGGUCCCCAAUCGAAUCAGCGUUUUAACAAAAGCGAUCGCUUCCUUCAGAUCAGCCUCACACCGUGCUACUGCUGCAAAAUCACCAAAGCAUACAAGUUCCAACCCCCCGUUAGCGUUCCCCUGUCUUGAUAAGGUGGAAAAGAAGAAUGAGGCACUUUCACAAUCGUGUUCUCCUUCUGUGUCUGCCAUCAAUUCUCUUGAAGGAGGACCAGAACCUUCAUAUUCUAUGGUUAUGACAGGAUUCAAGAUCUUCAAGUCCAAGAAACCCAUCUUCCUUGAUUUUGGUGGCUUCUUGCCAGAAUACGAAAUUGCAUAUGAAACCUGGGGAAAACUUAAUGAGGACAAGUCUAAUCUCAUACUCAUUCAUACGGGGCUUUCGGCCUCGUCGCAUGCAAAAUCGCAACCAGACAACCUCAAGAACGGAUGGUGGGAGGAGUUCAUUGGUUCGGGGAAAUACAUUGAUACCGACAAGUACUUUGUUGUUUGUACUAAUGUUUUAGGUGGCUGCUAUGGUUCAACCGGCCCCUCGUCAAAGGAUCCUGCGAACAACGACUACUACGGAACCAGAUUCCCUAUCUUGUCUGUCAAUGAUAUGGUAAGAGCCCAGCGUGAAUUCAUCAGAGGAGAAUUUGGAGUCAAGAAAAUAUAUGCUUCUGUCGGUGCUUCGAUGGGGGGCAUGCAAUCCUUAGCAUAUGCAUGGGAGUUUCCCGAUGAAGUUGACAAGAUAAUCUCAAUUAGUGGGUGUGCCAGAUCUCACCCAUAUUCCAUUGCAUUAAGACAUACCCAAAGGCAAGUGUUGAUGAGUGAUGCCAACUGGAACAGAGGGUUCUACUACGAGAAAGUGCCACCUCAUGUUGGAAUGAAGUUAGCCAGAGAAAUUGCCACUGUUACGUAUAGAUCCGGCCCUGAAUGGGAGUACAGGUUCGGUAGAAAUAGAGCAGAUGAACUGAAGCCUCCAGCACUCUGUCCAGAUUUCUUAGUGGAAACGUAUUUGGAUCAUGCUGGUGAAAAGUUCUGCUUGGAAUACGAUGCUAACUCGUUCUUGUAUAUUCUGAAAGCGAUGGAUCUUUUUGACUUGAGACACUCCAACUAUGAGAAAUCCAAGUCAAAUAGAAAAUCUGCACAAGAAAAAUACAAUGCAGCAGAAAGUAUCGAAGAGGACUUGUCAAUUCCCGAAAAGCCAUACCAAGAGCAGGUCAGAAAAGCAACCGUUACUCCAGAAGAAUCGUACCAAGAUUUGCGUAAAGGAAUGGAAAGAUUAGCCAACAAUGAUGUAUUGGUUGUUGGUGUUGAAUCAGACAUUCUCUUCCCGGUCUGGCAACAAAGAGAAAUUGCAAAGGUGCUAGGCGAAGCCAAAGAAGACAUUAAAGGUAAGGGAAAAAUCGAAUACUUUGAAUUGGGUAACGAUGUCAGUAACUACGGUCAUGACACCUUCUUAUUGAGUUUGAAGGAUAUUGGUGGACCGGUCAAACAAUUUUUGGGAUAGGAAAGGAAUCAGUCAGUUAGGUUCACUGCAGACUUCAGCUUGGAAAAAAGGUAACGAUUAAAUUUAAAAAUUAGUAACGAAUUACGUAUUUAAUAAAUAUUUACUACG